AUGGUCCAACCACUAGGACAUGUAAAACGCAAGAGUACGCCCCGCGCCCCCCGCCCCCCCGCAUCCAACAUCACCCGUUCUGCGUCCCGCCAGGCGCUUGUUGACGACGAAUCCAUCGUCUCGGACCUCGGCUUCACGCCCGGAGAAGGAUCCCUCUUGGCCUACAGCUGCAUCCAGUUUAACUUGUUCGUGGACGACGCUGCCGAGAUCAUGAGGACGCAAGCCUUGCGCAACCCGGAUUGUCAGGAAGAGUGCACGCUCUGCGCCGACUCGACUGCCCCGUGCGCGACGUGCUUGGUGGACCAGCCGGCCAUCACCAAGUGCAAAGAACCUUCGACCAAGAUCUUCUACGACGGCAUCCACUUCACCACAGACUUCCACCUCACCUUCGGAGAGGCCAUCAGGCAGUGCUCUAAGGACAGCCCCAACUUCGACCGCGCUUUCGUGGGAGUUAUUUGCCCGGAGGAGGAGCCUUGA